AAGAAUAAAAACCUUCACAUUUAAAACUCAUAGUUAAACUUAAAUCAGUACAGAGAUGAAUAUUGAAAUUCUGCAGUACAUUUUUAGAUUAUUUUAAUUGUAGGCCAGCAUUCUUGAGUUGAAAGUCUAAGUGUUGGAUUAUAGCGCCACCCUGUGGAUUCAUAUUAUACCUGCCCCUAUCCAUGCAGCUGUUCGCCAACCAAAAGACAUAGAAUCACUGUGGCUGAUGACUGUUGUUUACGUGCCUGAAUAGUUUAAAUAGAAAUUUGCAAUUGCCUAUCUAGCAACUUCGGUGCAUGCUUUGAUGAACUUAUGUGAACCUCUGACAUUUCUAUCACGAGGAGGUAGCAUUACAGAUUCUCCCGUGAAGUUCCAUGGGUGUUCGAAAAUCGACCUACAGGCGGUCCCGAGAAUCACAGCUUGAUUCGGAAUUGCCCUCCGCUUACCAAGUAGACAAGCAGUCUUCAACCGUCUUUAUCUCGUGUACGUGUGGAUAACAGAUACAGAAAUAUCAAACCGAGCGCGCAUCACUUUACUGCCGUUCUCGCAAACGCGUGAGCCACGGUGCGCAAAAUAACAGCGCGCGCAGCUUUGACGGAUUUCUUUGCUUCUCGGUGAAACUCCGGACCCCUACAGCUCAUCAGUCAGCGUCCAGCGGUUCAAGGGAGAUAUGUUUUUUUGUUUUGAGUAGCUUUCUGCUCCACUAACGGAAUGCUGGCCUCUCCGCUCCCUCAGUCCGUCCCUCGGACACAAACAGCCCCCCCGGCCAACCCCCCCACACCCGCCGUCAGACCGCCCCCUCCAGAGACCCCAGGAUCAGAUGACGAGGAGGAGGAAGAUCAAAGCCAGUAUGGCAGAGGGGGUUACUAUCCCGUGCGGAUCGGGGAGACGUUUGUGGGGCGCUACCAGGUGGAGAGGAAGCUCGGAUGGGGCCACUUCUCAACCGUGUGGCUCUGCAGGGACCUCCAAAGGAAGUGCUUUGUGGCUCUGAAGGUGGUGAAGAGUGCAGCGACGUUCACAGAGACGGCGCUGGAUGAGAUCAAACUCCUCAAAUGUGUGCGUGACAGUGAUCCCUCCGACCAGAAGAGGGACACAAUUGUGCAGCUUACUGAUGACUUCACAGCAUCUGGAAUUAACGGAGACCAUGUGUGUAUGGUAAUGGAAGUUUUGGGGCAGCAGCUGCUGAAAUGGAUCAUCAAGUCAAAUUACCGCGGCCUUCCUCUGGAGUGUGUGAGAAGCAUCCUCAGACAGGUUCUGCAGGGUCUGGACUACCUUCACAGGAAGUGUAAGAUCAUCCACACGGACAUCAAGCCAGAGAACAUCCUGCUGAGGGUUGAUGCCGCAGACCACCUGCAGAUGGCAGCUGAUGCAGCACUGUGGGACCAGGCACACCCACCUGAGUCCAGCAGCCAAUCAGCGGCCAGAAGCUCCUCAGGAAAGAACAACCCCUCAGGUGGCUUUGGGAAGAAAGAGAGACAGGGUGUGACCCAGUGGUUGGGGAGGAUCUCCGGUGUGUUCCAGUCUCUGGGGGUUUUGACGGAGCGUCUGUCCAGGUCUCAGAGGAAGAGGAGGGGUCGGAGUGAAGCUCCUGAGGAGAGGCGCCCGGGCGUCACCCUGCAUCCUCCCCCCUCAGGAAGGAGACUGAGCUCAGGGCUGGAGGAGGAGGAGGAGGGACACACCACUACUGACAGAGAUGGCCCUGUGUGCUUAUCCCGCCCGGACCUCACCUCCUCGUCCCGAUUGGUCCAGAGCCGAAACCCCUCCCAUCCAACCAUUGGCUCCGCCCCACAGAGUCGUCCCCGCCCGGUCUCCACCGCCUACGCCGCUACCCUAGCAUCGCUACGGAACACUGGGACAGAGAACACACCCUCAGACGCAGAGACACACCCCCCCGCACACACACCCUCAGACGCAGAGACACACACCCCCGCACACACACCCUCAGACGCAGAGACACACACACCCUCAGACGCGGAGACACACACCCCCGCACACACACCCUCAGACGCGGAGACACACCCCCCCGCACACACACACUCAGAGCCUGCCAACGAGGAGACGUCUGCCACAACACACAAGAGGUCAGUAGAUCCCCUGAACCCAGACGACGCUCACAGAAUCAGAAUCAAGAUUGCGGACCUGGGAAACUCCUGCUGGGUGCAUAAGCACUUCUCUGAGGACAUCCAGACAUGUCAGUAUCGCUCCAUAGAGGUGCUCAUCGGUGCGGAGUACAAUACGCCAGCAGACAUAUGGAGCACCGCCUGUAUGGCGUUUGAGUUGGCCACCGGGGACUUCCUGUUUGAGCCGCACGCCGGGAAGACCUACAGCCGUGAGGAAGAUCAUAUAGCUCACAUCACGGAGCUGCUGGGGCCGCUCCCUCUCGAGUUCGCCCAAUCAGGACGACGCUCACGGAAGCUCUUCAAUCGCAAGGGCGAGCUGCGGCGGAUCUCUGGUUUGCACCCCUGGACCUUGAGUGACGUCCUGCAGCAGAAGUACGGAUGGAAGCUGAGAGACGCUCAACCCUUCAGCCAGUUCCUGCUGCCCAUGCUGGAGAUCACACCAGACCAGAGGGCUACCGCCGCCCAGUGCCUACAACACCAGUGGAUCAACUCCUAAACACACACACACACACAACUACACACACACACACACACACACACACACACACACACACACACACACACACACACACACACAUUCACCACCAUAACCACUGCAGUCAGCCACACACUCUGCCCUGUGCAAGGUCUUCUGUUUUACCGUGACGAAGAGGCACAGUUCUACAGAUCUCAACUCUACAGAGUAAAUACAAAUCUAUAAACAGACUCAACUCUACAGAGUAAAUACAAAUCUAUAAACAGACUCAACUCUACAGAGUAGAUACAAAUCUAUAAACAGAUCUCAACUCUACAGGACAGACACAACUACUUGAGUUGCGAUAACGUUUUUGUUCCUUUAUGUUCCAUUAAACUUCCCCACUGUUGUCUCCUUCAGUGGGAGUGGUGUGAUGCGUGCUGUAAUGAAAAUAAAAAUGCAUUAUU